CAGAGACUUUUUCAACUUGCAAAGCGUCAAUUUACGGAAACAUAAUUCAUGUACUUUGAUUUUCACCAAUUUGUGGCAUAAAAGACUGAAAAAUAGUUGUGCACCUUGAUCGAAACAAUUUGUGUUGUACUGAAGAAUAAAUAAAACGUAAAUAAUGGCUUCUGAUGGUGAAGAUAUGGACUUGACAUGCACAGAAAGUGAAGUGUCUGCUGCGGAAACCGAUACAGAGACCAGAGAUGAUAGUGCACCCUUGCCGGACUCGGACACAGAUGAGGAAAGUUUGGAUGUCGAAGUUGUGCCAGCGACGAGUGACGACGCUGAUAUGGAGGAAUUGUUGGGACAACUGGAGGAUUAUACGCCCACGGUGCCAGAUGCGCUUACAUUGCGCAUAUUAAAAAGCUCUGGCUUUGCUGCAGUAGAUCCUCGAAUUGUGCGCAUUAUAUCCGUGUCGGCACAGAAGUUUAUCUCGGACAUUGCCAACGAUGCCUUGCAACAUUGCAAAACGCGCACAACAAACAUCCAGCACUCCAGUGGACACAGCUCAAACAAGGACAAAAAGAACCCCAAGGAUCGCAAAUACACCUUGGCCAUGGAGGACUUGGUGCCAGCCCUGGCAGAUCAUGGCAUUACAAUGCGCAAGCCACAAUACUUUGUUUAAAUAUUAAUCCUAUCUUAUUUAAAUAACUAUAAAUUAAAUAUAAUUGAGAAAUAUUCAA